UACAGCAGGGUAUUACCGAGUGAAUGACAGAUGACAUGCUCACCUGUUCGCAAACUUCAUCAGCCGUGGAGAGGAACUCAGCGACGCGGGUCAGACAAGAAUUAGGUAUAUGAUAACUCAAGUAAAACACAUGAGAGGAAAACAACAAUUGUCAAGCAUUACAUAAAACGUGAAAGAGAGGUUACAGUACAACUUGCACUGUUACACCUGAGUAAACGUCUGCUGUGUUACUGGUAUACGGUAAUAUAGCUACCAUCACGCUCGGGUGUCACCUUAAUUGGUAAAUAAACCAGGAUGAAAAAGACAGGAGCAGUCUUGGAGGUACUGAAGUCUUGUCCUGUUAAGUAUUCAUACUACAGAAGACCUGGCCAGACACUUGUUGCUCCACAUGGCAUCCGUAGGCUGUAUUCUACAUGUAGGACAGCUCCAUGUGGGACUUUUAAACAUCUUGGAAAAGCUCAGUUUUGUACACUUUCUGGCACCAAUUGCUGUGUAAGACAGCCUCACAACAGUGCGAUUCCAAAGGACAACAGACGUUUUUUCAGUGCUGCUAAAUCUGGAAAAUAUUUUUUGAAUGGAGGGACGUCUUGUACUGGAAGAUAUGUUGGAUACAGUCACUUCAGUACAACCUCUGGUACCGAGGACAGGACAGUGGUUAUUAUUGGGGGAGGAAUCAGUGGUCUCACCGCCGCAUACUACCUUACUAAAGUAAAAAAUCUUCCCUUUGAUAAGAUAGUUUUGUACGAGUCUAGUGAUCGUCUGGGAGGUUGGAUUAACAGCUUGCAGCUCGAUGAUGGAACAAUAUUUGAGCAAGGUCCCAGAACGAUACGCUCUCCCACAGCAACACCAGCUGCACGUGCAACAAUAGAGCUGGUAGAAUCACUUGGCCUUGUUGAUGAUGUUAUUGCAGUUACUAGUAAAGAGCCAGCUGCAAAAAACAGAUAUAUCUAUGUAGAUGGGAAGUUACAUGCACUACCUAACAGUCUCUUUAAGACUUUGUCAAAGCAGUCACCAUUUUCUAAAUCCUUAGCACACUAUGUUUUCAAAGAAAUGUCAAUCCCUGCAAAAUCCACCUCAUCAGAUGAAUCGGUCUAUGAUUUCUUUUCAAGAAGAUUUGGUGCAGAGGUCACUAACUAUGCAAUUGGAGCUUUGUGCAGGGGGAUUUAUGCAGCAGAUACCAAACUGUUGAGCAUGAAAGCAUGUUUUCCGUCAUUGUUAGAGGCAGAGAAUAAGUAUGGCUCAGUGAUUAAAGGGAUCUUAGGUUCACUGACAGAGAAAACGAAACCACAAAAUGUGGAUUCAGCUGGUGACAUACUCGGGCCAAAUGGUGAGAGCAGAAUGUUACAAAGAGCUAAAAAUGAGAGAUGGUCAGUGUGGUCGUUGCAAGAAGGGCUGUCUCAACUCCCUGUGGCUUUAGCUUCUGAGCUAAAGCGAGACCAUAGAGUAGAUGUCCAACUUAAUACCUGUUGCAAAGAAGUCAACUUCAGAGGGUCUAAAGCCAUUGUACAAACAGAAAAAGGAUGUGUGGAGGCAGAUUACAUAUUUUCCUCAAUAUAUGCAAAAACUUUAUCUCAGCUCCUCACUGGUGUCAGUAAGUUGAACAGCCUGCUCCACUCCAUCCAAGCUGUCACUGUGGCUGUUGUCAAUCUGGAGUACAGCGACCUGGAGUUUAAAGUGGAGGGUUUUGGACAUCUUGUUCCUCCUGAUCAGCCAUCCAAUGUAAUAGGUGUUAUAUAUGAUUCUUGUAGUUUUCCUGACAGAGUGGUAGGCAACCGAACAGUAUUCACAUGUAUGCUUGGUGGAACUUGGUUUAAAGAGCAGUUUGGAGAUCCAGAUAAAGUAGAUCCAGACUACCUUACCUCAUUAGCCAUUUCUGCACUACAAGAGCAAUUGGGAAUAACACAACCUCCUUGCAGAACAUACAUUGGGAUACAGAAAGACUGCAUACCACUUUACAGAGUUGGUCAUACAGAGGUUGUACAUGAGAUAUUUCAGCAAUGUAAAGAAGCUUCCUUGCCAUUGAGUCUGCUUGGUUCAUCAUACAAAGGAGUCGGUGUGCCAGAUUGCAUUUUCAAUGCCAAGCAAGAAGUUAUAAGAAUUGUGAAAAAAAUUAACUCAAAUUGAGAAAAACUGUCAUAUCACUUCUGUGCACCAUGAAUGAAUGAGAGUGCUAUGUGAUACUUGGCUUCAGAUCUGACGGAAAGCAAGUGGGACAAUUUAGUAAGAAUUAUAAAUGUUACCUUUGUUUGGAAGUCCUUCACAUAGAUCGAAGAUGAUAUACCAAGUAUCAUCAAACAUUAAUUUUUUUAAGAAUCCACAAAUCAAAGUAACCAAAAGAUAUAAUGAUAAACAGACACUGGCAGAAAUGACCAUGAGCAGCAGAAGGACAUGACUGGCUGUUUGAAAAAUGGUUAUGAAGCAUGUAUGUUCAGUUAAUCAGUGUUUAUUGAAUCAUUGUGAAGUGCAUUUAUUGAUAGUGAUGUAGAUAUUAACAAAUAUUUUCAAAAUCCAGUGCACACAAUUACAUGUAAAAUAGGGGUGGAAGGGACCAGUACAUGAAUAUUUAUGACUUCCAGUCUAUUCAUUUAACACAAUGAGAAAUACAAGAUUUAUGUUAUUAAAGGAGUUGAAAAAAUA